CAAUCGAAAUCCAAUCAUUCAAAAUUACACUUUCCUUUUCUUCUUCAAAAAUAAAAUAAAUUAAAUCAAUAGAAAUUAACACUUUCCUCAAAAGUCUUUUCAAAACCUCCACAAAAUGUCAAUUGACUUCCAUUGGGUCUCCGCUUUUCCAGCUAACAGUUAACGGUUAAAAAGAAAACAGAGAGAGAGAGAGAGAGAGAGAGAGAGAGAGAGAGAGAGAGAAGAGAGUCAAACCCAAAGAAGGGAAAAACCAAACACAAAAACCUGGUUUGAAGAUCCAUUCAUUAAAUUAAAAAAAAAAAAACAGCAUCUCUGAAUCACAGAGGUUUAUUCUCCUUUCUCUACAAGAAAGGGGAAAACAAAUUCAUCUACAAAUCUCAUCUCAAGAUUUGAUCUCAAAUCUUGUCUGGAUUGAUACAUAUAUUCAACAUUGCAUUCACAUAUCUAUAUAUAUACAUACAUAUGUAUAUAUGGCCCCAAGCAAGAUUAGAAAAGCUAUUGGGGCCGUAAAGGACCACACGAGCAUCGGCCUGGCCAAGUUCGCCGGCGGCAGCCGCUCCAUCUCCGCCCUCGAUGUCGCCGUCGUCAAGGCCACCCGCCACCAAGAAUACCCGCCCGACGACAAAUACGUCUCCCAAAUCAUAACCCUCACCUCCCACUCGCGGGCCCACGUCAACGCCUGCAUCCGCACAAUAGCGAAGCGCCUCAACAAGACCAAGAAUUGGGUGGUGGCACUAAAAACCCUCAUGCUCGUCCACCGCCUCCUCUCCGACGACGUGGCGGAAGACCAACGCCACCGCCUCCACGCCGCCGUCUACGAGCGGGAGAUCUCCUGUUACUUGACGAGGCGCGGGGCCCGCCUCCUCCUCGACGUGUCCGGCUUCCGGGACGCGUCGGGCAAGACGGACGCGUGGGACCACUCGUCGUUUGUCCGCGCGUACGCGGCAUACCUGGACGAGAGGCUCGAGUUGAGGAUGCAAGGGCAAAAUGGGAAACACGGAGGCUAUUCUUCUUACCACGAGGACGAGGAAGAAGAUGGAGGCGGUGGUGGUGGUGGUGCCGCCAAGGGGACAGGGGAUAUUCCGACGAGUGAAAUGAAGAACGAGACCGUUUUCUCGAGGGUUCAGAAUCUGAUGAAGCUUCUCGAGAGGUUUUUAGCAUGCAGACCGGCCGGUGCAGCAAAACAUAACAGGGUUGUGGCAGUGGCACUCCACCACAUAGUGAAGGAAAGUUUUGAGCUAUACACCGACAUAACGGAAAUAACAGCUGUCUUGACCGAACGGUUCAUGCAGCUCGAAAUACCCGAUAUGGUGCGUGUCUACGAGAUCUUCUGCCAUCUUUCGAAGCAGUACGAAGAGCUCGACGCCUUCUAUGAAUGGGGCAGAACUGUCGGAAUCAUGCGCUUCUCCGAUUAUCCUUACAUCGAGAAAAUCACACAGAAGAAACUCGAUAUGAUGGAUGACUUUAUCCACCAAAAAUCGGCCAUGUCAAAGAACAGAAUGAGAGCCAGCACCGCCGAGCCAAAGCCAAAGCCAAAGCCAAAACCAAAGCCCAUCGAAGAAAAGAAAGAAGCAGAACCACAAGAGGAUUUGUUCGCAAUUAAGGCUUUGCCGCCACCUGAAAGAUUUGAGGACGAAAAAACAGAUGAAGUAAAGAAUCAGAAAAUCACUCAAGAAGUGGGUGAUUUGCUGAACCUAAGUGAAGACGCACCAUCUCACGCGGAAGAAGGGCAAAAAAUGGCUUUAGCUUUAUUCGACUGCGGCUCGAAAAGUACGACAACUACUACUACUACUAAUACUCCGCCGUGGGAAGCUUUUAAGGACUCGUCUGGAGAUUGGGAAACGGCGUUGGUUCAUUCCGUCAGCCAUUUGUCGAACCAAAAGGCGUCUCUUCCUGGAGGCUUCGAUACGUUGAUUCUUGAUGGGAUGUACAAACACGGCGAAAUGGCUGCUGCCUAUUCUAAGGAUUGUUCAGCAAACGGAAGUGCGAGCAGUGUAGCAGUAAGGUCGGCUGUGGGGCCCACCGUGCUGGCCUUGCCGCCGCCUAAUGGUGGGGGUGCCGACCCAUUUGCCGCCUCUGUCGGCAUUGCACCGCCGUCUUACGUGCAGAUGCCUGAGAUGGAGAGGAAGCAGAGGUUGUUGGUGCAGGAGCAGCAACUAUGGCAGCAGUAUGCGAGAAACGGGAUGCAGGGGCAUGUAGGGCUAUCGAAGAUGCAAAACGGAGUUACUUAUCCAUAUAAUGCGGAAGUUUACAGCACACGAAUAUGGUGAGCCUUUUUCUUUCCGUGAGGUUACUACGAUGAAUAUGUACAUAAUUAAAGAGAAAAGCCAAUAUGCAAUGAAGAGAAAGUUGUGAAUGUAAAGUGGUUUUGAAGAGUAUUUACACAUACAGAUGACAAAUGGUGUUGU